AUGCCAUUCGUCACUGCACCUAUAUCUUUUUGCUUGAAAUUUAUUACCACUGAAAAAGGAACUCUCAUCGAUGAAGUCAUUGGGAUAAUAAUUUCUACCCAAUAUAAAUGA